AAAAUGAAAACAUUGUAGAUAUUUGGAACUUGAAUCGAUGUUUUCGUAUUCGUAUGAAAUAAAAAUUUGUGAAACCUAAAGAAGUAUUGCAAAAUAAAAUGACUUAAAAUAAAGUACAUCAACUAUAGUACGUAAACUAGGACAUAUAAUACAAAUUUUAAAGAUUUCACACUUCUCAAAAACCACAAUGCGUAACAAAUUGGCAGCAAUUUGUUUUCUAUUUUUACCGUAUUUUGUGGCACCUGAAGAAAAUAUUGUUCUGGAAUAUGACUCAAAUAAUUUUAAACAACGAAUUGAAGAAAUGGACGGAAAUUUCAUCUUAUUCUACGCCCCUUGGUGUAGUCAUUGCACCUCGUUCUAUCCAAUAUGGCAAGAGUUAGCUGAACUUGUAAAUACGAAAGGAUCCAAAUUUGCAAUAGCUCAAGUGGACUGCACUGUGCAUCCAAAACUAUGCAAUGAUAACGAUAUCACAGGAUACCCGACAUUGCUUUAUUUCCACAAGAACACAUUUACCCCAGUGGAGUACCAAGGAACAAGGGACCUGCCUUCUUUGACUUUGUUCCUGAGUGAUGUCUUCACUAUGAAGUUAGAGGAAAUGAAGAGGAAAGAAUCCAGUGAAGUUAAGAUAUACAGCGGCAUGGCAUACCUGACUGAUCAGAACAUUGAGAAAUUUAUAUCAAAAGGGCAACAUUUUGUCAUGUUUUAUGCACCUUGGUGCAAGGCGUCGCAGAAACUGGCUCCUCUCUGGGCCGAGUUGGCAGUACAGUAUGCACACAAUGAGUACAUUCAAAUUGGCAAAGUGAACUGCAUGGAGAAUGACAUGACGUGCAAGAACUUUGAUAUCAAACAGUACCCACUGUUAUUGUGGAUAGUCAAUGGAAGAAUUAUGGGCGACGCCAAUAUGAACUUGGGUAAGAACAUAGAAGAUUUGAAGGCUUAUGUGGAGAAAAUGUUAUUAGCGGAGAAUCACGACCCAGAGAAGUUUAUGAAGAAAAAGAAAGCAUUGCCUGUGGCCAGGAUUUCUGAGGAGACGUUCGAAACAUUCCUUGAAAAAGAUUUGGUUUUCAUAAAUUAUUUUGCCCCAUGGUGCGCACAUUGCAUGCAGCUGAGCCCGCUCUGGCUGAAGCUGGGUGAGCGGUUUCUGAACGAGAGCCGCGUGCUCAUCGCCGACGUGGACUGCGUGCGCUCCAAACCCGUCUGCGACACUGAAAAGAUAAACAGUCUUCCAACGCUAAUAUUAUACAAGCAUAAGAAAAUUAUCCAAGUGGAACACGGCGGACGGCCAUUGGAGAGUCUUAUUACACUAAUCAAUGAGCAGCUAGGACUAUCUGAGAGCGGCGAGGCUGCUACAGAGGCCGAAGUUGUCUCGGAGCCAACGACAGCCAAAGACGAACUAUAAGCGACGUAAUAUUUAUAUAGGUAGAGAAAUUAAAGUUGUAAAUACAUAUUUGCUACUGUUCUAAGAACCAAAUUUAUUUAUUUAUUAGACAAUGUAUGUAUGU